AUGCUUGUGCACAGCUACCCGGGCAUGGACCGCGCCGAGGGGCUGCCCGGGGCGCCGGCCGGGGCCCGCCUGCCGCAGCUGCCCUCGCUCAACCAGGCGCCCUAUGGCUCGGCGCCGCCGCUCUGCCACACGCCAGCCGCCGACUUCCAGCCUCCCUACUUCCCCCCGCCGUACCCGCAGCCGCCGUUGCCCUACCCGCAGGGCCAGGAGCCCGCUUACCCUCACCUGGCGGACCCGUACGCGGCGCUCAGCCCUCUGCACCAGCAUCAGCAGCCGGCUUGGCCCCCGCAGCGCGGCCGGCAGGACGAGCCGGGGCUGCUCUCGCAGACCCACCGGGCCCUGGGGCUCGACCCCCGCCGCGAGUACCCCUCCGUGCCUCGCCUGCUCCACGGGCUGCCCGACGGCGGCCACAGCCUGGCCGACGGCCCGCUGGGCCUCCACGGCCUCGGCCACCACGGCCUCGAGGACAUCCAGGCCGUGGACGACGGCGGGAUGAACCUGCUCGAUCAGUCCGUCAUCAAGAAAGUGCCCAUCCCCUCGAAGGCCAAUGGCACCACCAUCUCCACGCUGUCCAUGAACAAAGAUGGCCUGAUUGGAGGGGUCACGAACCCCAAUGAGGUUUUCUGCUCCGUGCCUGGGCGCCUCUCUCUCCUCAGCUCCACUUCCAAGUACAAGGUGACGGUCGGGGAGGUGCAGAGGAGGCUCUCGCCCCCCGAGUGUCUCAACGCCUCUCUCCUUGGCGGGGUGCUCCGCAGAGCUAAAUCAAAAAAUGGAGGCCGGUGUUUAAGGGAAAGGUUAGAGAAAAUUGGACUAAAUCUACCUGCAGGAAGGCGCAAAGCUGCCAACGUCACCCUGCUCACAUCCCUUGUGGAAGGUGAAGCUAUUCACCUGGCUCGGGAUUUUGGCUACGUCUGUGAAACCGAGUUUCCGGCCAAGGCAGCGGCAGAGUACCUGUGCCGGCAGCACUCCGACCCCACGGAGCUCCACACCAGGAAAAACAUGCUGCUGGCUACCAAGCAAAUUUGCAAGGAGUUUGCAGACCUGAUAGCCCAGGAUCGCUCUCCGCUGGGGAACAGCCGCCCCUCGCUCAUCCUGGAGCCUGGAGUCCAGAGCUGUUUGACUCAUUUCAGCCUGAUAACCCAUGGCUUCGGGGGCCCGGCCAUCUGUGCCGCCCUCACUGCCUUCCAGAACUACCUGGUAGAGUCCCUCAAAGGGCUGGAUAAAAUAUUCAUGAACAGCACAGGGAACGGACACACGACCGGGGACUCCAAAGCGUCAGACAAAGAGGUGAAGCAUCGGAAAUAA